AUGGGCAGCCAGGACCGUCCUUCCUUUUUCUGCUCUCGUCCUGAUGGGACUCUCACGCCGCUCAUCGCGGUUGAUGACCUGCCUCCCGGUCUGUCUGUCCGCGGCGUCUCUCGUGCUCUUACUCCCGGUGAGACUCAAGGAAUGACCAGCUGCGGUGUUGCUGCUCCAAGGGCCGAAAGCUGGAUUGUCGAUGGUUCUCCUUCUGGUGCUCGUGUCGUAGCUGAUGAAAAGGUUCAUGAGGUCAACUCUCUGCUGUACAAGAUUCUUCGUGAAGACAAUGUCCACGGUGAUAUUCGUUCUGCCAUCCAGGAAGUCCUCUUCCGUGGUUUUGAUGCUCCUUCUCUGGUUGCUGCUACUGACUCUAUCACUUCUGCUGUUCCUGUUCCUGCUCCUGUUCCUAUUUCUGCUUUCGACCCCGGUGCCCAGACUGCGUCUCAGCAUGGAUUUGGCAAUACCCAGGGAGGAAGCACUCAGGCCAAUCAGAAGAACGCCCACAGCAAGAAGCACUAUUGCUCCUACUGGAUCCGUCACGGCGAGUGCGACUACUCUCAACAAGGCUGUCUGUACAAGCAUGAGAUGCCCAUGGACGCUCAGCUGCUAGAGAAGCUUGGUCUGCGUGAUAUCCCUCGUUGGUACCGUGACAAGUUCUCAGUCCCCAGUCUGCAGUCCGGUUAUGGAAACAAGGAUGGCCAGAGACAGUAUGCUCUGACUGAGCAUGCCCACCAGUCCUCCUCCCAGUCCCCUCAGAGAUCUAUCGAGUGGAGCCUUUCUGUUGACGCCCCAGGAAGCAACGAGCAUCACGACAAGCAGGGUCGUCACAGGGCCCCCAAGUCUCCUCGUGGUCCUGGCUUCGGGCCUGGCAAAACUCGUGGCAAUGUUAUCAAGGUUCAGCAGCCACGUAAGAACUACGCCGAGUCUGCCAAUGUCACUCCCACUUCGUCUAGUGCCAGCUCGGGCGACUCUUUUGUUAUUCACAACGCCCCCAGUCACUCUACAGGUGCUACUCUCGCUUCUGCUCAGCAGAAUUCCGGUCGAUUUUCUUCCCAGAGCAAGCAAUUGCUCGAGAAGGAUGGUAUGACUACCGAGAGACAUGACCUGACUACUAGCUUUCCCGGGCUGACCGUGGAGGAAACUCUGAAUGCUUUCUCGAGGAGUGGCUUCCGUACUAAGUCUCGCCGUCCAUUUGAGUAUGACCGCGACAAAUUCGGUGGUGACGCCAAUAUUCAAAGUCCGUCGAACGGUAAUCCCGCCGGUGUCAACCCAGUUAGUCGUCCCAGUACAUCUGUCGGUGAUCAUGUUUCCAAUAUUGUCAAAACUGAUGUGCACCGUCGCAUCGCCUUCACCGCGGAACCUGGUUCUCGCUUUGUUCCUCCGUCUGUGAAUCCUGUUUUCCGUUACACUGCUCCCAACUUCAAGGACCCCGAGCAGCGCCGUAUUUACAACAACCUUCUGUCUAACAGCGAGUCGAUUCACCCACACGACAUGGAGUACACUUACGGUGCUAUCGGUGAGCCUGUUCAGUACCCCGGCACUUCGUCUAAUACUAGUGUUGAAACUGCCUUAUUGUCCGGCCUUGACAAGUUCUUUGACGAGGCUGUCAAGAAGAACGCCAAGCCUGACAACUAA